AUGGAACUCUUGGCAUCAUACGACAAUACUAAUCACGCCUCAUAUCUCCUUAACUUUUUCCCAGCAAGAUAUAAAGCAUGUAGGGGUAUGUGGAAGUUCAGCCAAUUUUCCGCAAAAAUAAUUGAGAUGUCUUCCGGUGAAGAUAAUAUAAUUCUUCAUUGUCUUAUUGUUCCUUGUGGUCAACUUCAUGCUCUUCCACGUGAUCAAGUCAUGCAAGCAGUUACAGUUGGCAGGAGUCAAGCAGUCAGUGUACUUGAAGCUACAAUUCAAAGCAGAUUAGGGGCACCCUUUAAUAAUAUUCGCCUAAAAAUUCGUCAAGUUUAUCCCAGAGAGGCGCUCAUGCAACCACAGGAUUUGAUUUCCACUUUUUUUAAUGGACAACCUCGAGAAGACUAUUUCCAUGUCGUCGCUCAACCCCUCUUAGGAUCAGAAUAA